AGUUGAUUUAAAUUGAACAGAAUUUAUAUGUCAAACGUAGUAUAAAUAGGACCUCUAUGGUUGCCCGAAUGCACAUAUGACAUAACAAACAACAAUAUUCUACGUAGUACUUCAUAGAAUUAUCUAUCUAAGAUGAUGAUGAAAAAAAUGGGGGCUUGGAUGUUGCUAGCAUUAUUGACUUUGGUUGGCGACUGGUGUGGUCGUUGUUAUGGGUGUUUGGAGGAAGAGAGAAUUGGUCUCUUAGAGAUCAAAGCUUUGAUCGACCCAAACAGCAUUUACAUGGGAGAUUGGGUGGAGUACAGUAGUAAUUGUUGUGAGUGGUCUCGGAUCGAGUGUGAUAACACUACAAGGCGAGUGAUCCAACUCUCUCUUCGGUAUGCAAGGGAUCAGAGUUUGGGGGAUUGGGUUCUCAACGCAUCUUUGUUUCUGCCUUUUAAAGAACUGCAAAGUCUUUAUUUGUCCGGUAAUGGACUGGUUGGUUGCUCUAAGAAUCAAGGCUUCGAAGUCCUAUCAUCAAAACUGAGGAAACUGGAGGUACUUUACCUAAGUGAGAACCGAUUUAAUGAUGAUAUAAGCAUUUUAUCAUGCUUCAAUGGGCUUUCCGCUCUCAAGUCUUUGGAUCUGUCAGGCAAUGAGAUGACAGGAUCAGGUCUCAAAGUCUUGUCAUCAAGGUUGAAAAAGCUGGAGAACCUUGACCUAAGAGGGAAUCAGUGCAACGAUAGCAUUUUUUCAUCUCUAACUGGGUUUUCAUCCCUCAAGUAUUUAAAUCUAUCAAGGAAUCAGCUGACAGGAUCAUCUACUGGUAUCAAUAGUUUUCAAAUGCUAGUCUCAGGGUUGAGGAAAUUGGAGGAACUGGAUCUAAGUGACAAUAAAUUGAACGACAGCAUUUUAUCAUCUCUCAGUGAAUUUUCAUCUCUCAAAUAUCUAGAUCUAUCAAGCAAUAGGUUCACAGGAUCAACUGGUCUCAAUGGUUUAAGGAAUUUAGAAACCUUGAAUCUGGAAAUGAUUGACUUCAAGGAAAGCAUUUUGAUAGAGUCAUUGGGAGCGUUGCCAUCCCUCAAGACCUUACAUGCAAGUUUGAGUAAAUUUACACACUUUGGGAAAGGGUUGUGUAAUUCGUCUAGCCUUGAAGAAGUGUGGCUCGAUGGUUCUUCUCUCCCAGCAAGCUUUCUUAGGAACAUUGGACACUUGUCUACUCUUAAAGCCCUAUCAUUGACCAGAGUUGACUUCAAUAGCACCCUACCUGCUGAAGGCUGGUGUGAACUGAAGAAUCUUGAACACCUAUCUCUCUCAAGAAACAAUCUAAAGGGCGUACUCCCUCCUUGUUUUGGAAAUCUAUCAUCUCUACAAUCCUUGGAUUUAUCCGACAACCAAUUGGAGGGGAAUAUUGCCUCUAGUCACCUUUCCCAUCUUCCGCAGCUUGAAUACCUCUCAGUUUCAAAUAACUACUUUCAAGUUCCAAUAUCAUUUGGUUCAUUUAUGAACCUCUCCAACCUCAAGAUCUUUGUAUGCGAUAACAAUGAGCUAAUAGCUGCACCCAGUUUUCAGCCUUUAGUUCCAAAGUUCCAGCUUCGUGCUUUUAGUGCUUCAAACUGUACUCCAAAACCACUCAAAGCUGGAUUUCCAAACUUCCUCCAGAGCCAACAUGAUUUGGAGUUUGUUGAUCUAUCCCACAACAAAUUCGUUGGAGAACCUUUCCCAUCUUGGCUGUUUGAGAAUAAUAGAUUGUUAAGUCGACUAUUUUUGAGAGACACCUCAUUUAUAGGUGGUCCUUUGCAGCUGCCACAACAUCCAACACCCACCCUUAAGACAGUAGAUAUGUCUGGCAACAGCAUACAUGGUCCAGUUGCAAGGAACAUAUGUUCGAUUUUUCCACGUUUGAAGAACUUCAUGAUGGCUAACAACAGCCUCACAGGUUGUAUUCCUCCUUGUUUUAGGAAUAUGAGCUCUCUCGCAUACUUGGAUCUUUCCAACAAUCACAUGUCUUGUGAACUGCUUGAGCAUAAUUUGCCAACCUCGUUGUGGUUUUUAAAGCUGUCCAAUAACAAUUUCAAAGGGCGAUUACCACUCUCUGUGCUCAACAUGACUGACCUACGUUACCUCUUUCUCGAUGGAAACAAAUUUAGAGGACAAGUACCAGGUACCUUUUCUUUUGAAUCAUCCCUUGAGUGGUUGGAUAUCAGUAACAAUCUUUUGUCAGGCAUGCUUCCAAGGGGAAUUGGGAACUCUUCAAAAUACCAACUCGAGGGAAUUGAUUUGUCCAGAAAUCGUUUUGAAGGUACCAUUCCAAAGGAAUAUUUCAAUUCUAAUUGGCUUAAAUUUUUAGAUCUUUCUGAAAACAAUCUGUCUGGGUCAUUGCCGUUGGGCUUCCAUGCAUCAGAUUUACGCUAUGUCCACCUUUACAGGAAUCAAUUGAGCGGUCCACUGCCAUAUGAUUUUUAUAAUCUCUCUUCGUUGGUGACAUUAGAUCUCGGCGAUAACAACUUAACUGGGCCCAUUCCAAAUUGGAUUGAUAGCCUUUCGGAAUUGAGCAUUUUUGUUCUCAAAUCUAAUCAAUUCAAUGGGAAACUUCCUCAUCAGUUAUGCUUGUUAAGGAAAUUAAGCAUAUUGGAUCUUUCAGAAAAUAAUUUUUCUGGUCUGUUACCCUCAUGUUUGAGAAAUUUAAAUUUUACGGCAUCGGAUGAAAAAACUUUGGAUCCCCCUAGUACGGGGAUACAAGAUGAUGGAAGCUGGGAAGAAAUAUUUGCAUCCAUAGGGGGAAGAGAAUUUCCUCUUGAUGACAAAAUUUGGUGGCCAGAGAUCAGUGUAAAAAUAUCUGUGGAGCUUACAGCAAAGAAAAAUUUCAACACUUACGAAGGCGAUAUCCUUCGUUACAUAUCUGCUUUGGAUCUUUCUUGUAACAGAUUCACUGGAGAAAUCCCGACAGAAUGGGGAAACUUAAGUGGGAUAUAUUCUCUAAAUCUGUCACAAAAUAAUCUCACUGGAUUGAUCCCUUCAUCCUUCUUCAAUCUGAAGCAGAUAGAGAGCUUGGAUCUUUCACACAACAACUUGAAUGGGAGAAUUCCUACACAACUCGUUGAACUGACCUUUCUAGCAGUUUUCAACGUGUCGUACAAUAAUUUGUCAGGAAGAACACCGGAGAUGAAAAAUCAAUUUGGUACCUUUGAUGAGAGCAGUUAUAAAGGGAAUCCUCUUCUUUGUGGACCUCCAUUACAAGACAGUUGCGACAAAACAGAAUCACCAUCAGCGAGAGUGCCUAACGAUUUCAACGGAGAUGGUGGCUUCAUAGACAUGGACACUUUCUAUGCCAGCUUUGGUGCGUGUUACAUAACUGUGGUGUUGACAAUUGCAGCAGUACUGUGCAUAAUUCCGCAUUGGCGACGCAGGUGGUUUUACUUCAUUGAAGAAUGCAUUGACACUUGCUACUGCUUUUUGGCUAUAAACUCUCCCAAGUUGUCCAGAUUCAGAAGGUGAUUGGAUCUUAUCAGGAGCGUGGGGGCUGCUUUCUGAAUUUGUUGUAAUCCUCUGUGGAGAAGCAGUCGCAUUCCAAAUCAAUGGUUGCUCACUGCAUGUUUAGCAAUUUGCCUGUGAGAAGUGAUCUGUGGAAGUGUUCUUGUUGCGUAGCCUUUCUGUUUUGAUGUGACUUGUGUUUGUCCUUGUGCUUGUAUCAGUAUUUGUUUGUUUCUUUGUUAUGUCUUAAUUUUGUUGAGCAACCAACCAAUAUUUCUUGGCU